UUUACAGCGGGAACGUACCAAAAACGUUGAAGUUACGAGAGAAGAGCCGGUGUUUCUCGUAAUCUGUUUGAAUCUGCGUGAAUUCAGUCGAGUGUCCUCGCAGAAAUUGAGCCAGCAUGUCGAUCGGUGUGCCCAUAAAAGUUCUUCACGAAGCUGAAGGGCACAUCGUCACCUGCGAGACCAACACCGGCGAAGUUUACCGGGGCAAACUGGUGGAGGCCGAGGACAACAUGAAUUGUCAGAUGUGCAACAUCACGGUUACGUACCGCGACGGUCGAGUCGCUCAGCUCGAGAACGUCUACAUCAGGGGCAGCAAGAUACGUUUCAUGAUACUACCGGACAUGCUCAAAAACGCUCCCAUGUUCAAAAAAGCCGGUGCCAAAAGUGCGACGGCGUCCGCCGGCAGGGGCAAGUCGGCGAUUUUACGAGCGCAAGCUGCAAGAGGACGAGGUCGAGCCAGAGCCUUGUUCCAGAGACGGAAAUGAGCCCCCCUGCCCUGUACUUCAUGUUUUAUGCACAGCACCUUCAUGGCAUCACCACAGCAGUCAAUAUUUGUCGGGUCUAUACAUGCCAGGCGCAUGGAUCGCGUUUUCGUGUUGUCUGCAGCCACCACAAGGUUCAUCUCCCAUUGGGAAGAGCAGUAGCCUCUGGAAGGAAUAAAUGAUUGUGGGUGAAGUCAGCAUCAUCUUGUCUGGCACACUGCGGUGAUGUUUCUUGUUCUUUCCCAUGCUCCAUUCUGUUUUGUGUUUUCAUUACUUUGAAUUGUAAAGAAUGAAGUGGAAUAAAUUGAGUUUUCUUGGGUA